AUGUAUUCCAUCCUCGUUAUCGCUACCUCCCUCUUCCUCAGUCUUGCGCAGGCUGUCCCAGCACCAAUUGAGGCGCGCGCAGAUGCGAACUGUCCUCCUCUUGCACCUUAUCUCGUGAACUCUGAUCCAGCCAACGCAUGGAACAGUGUUUGCACCGCCUACGAUGUCUCAUGGGAUAAUACUUGCAACAGGGGUACCGGACCUGACCCUAUCGAAGGAGCAAGGCCACUUCGCCUCUGCACAGAUGCCUUCUUCCAAGUAUAA